AUGGCACCCGGCUUCGUUCAGGCUGCCGACUAUGUCCCCGUGCCACUGGAAGAGCCUCUCGAGUGGUCCGCCGGCAACCGCCUGUUCCCGGGCAAUGUCAUCGCAGGCUACAACGCCGGCUACGAGGACUACAACAAGGAUACGUGGGCCGAGCAUGUCCUGCAGCAGUGCAAGACCUUUUCAGCUUGCGAUUCCUCCCUUUCCUUUUCUGCCAUCAAUAGCGGCACGCCAAAGGACCGUUACUGGUUCGGUUACGUAUUCCGGGGUGGUCCCACCACCCAGAGCGACUACAACAGGGUCGAGGGCGUGCAGGGUUCGGUUGCCUACACUAUUGUCCGUGGGAACAAGGGUGACUGA